AUGUCGGCGUGCAGCAAAAUACGCCACAUUGUCCGGAUCCGGCAGAUGCUCCGGCGAUGGCGGAAGAAGGCGGCGACGUCGGCCCGCCAGGCCCCUGCCGACGUGCCAGCUGGGCACGUGGCGGUGGCCGUGGGCUCGGGCCGCAGGCGGUUCGUGAUCCGGGCCGCCUACCUGAACCACCCUCUGUUCAGGAAGCUCCUGGUUCGGGCCGAGGAGGAGUACGGGUUCGGUAAUCCGGGCCCGCUGGCCCUCCCUUGCGACGAGUCCCUGUUUGAGGAAAUCCUGAGGUACGUGGCCCGAACAGAGUCGGAUACGAACGGUACGGCCCGAUUCAUGAGCUUCGAGGAUUUCCAGAGAUACUGCCGCGUGGACUUUAGGAGUAAUUUAGAGUUUUGGGCCGAAUCCCGGCCCCUUCUGCAAGCUCCCAAUGCCAUUUACUUUGUUGGGCAUGGACUAAUUUAUCCGUCAUUUAACUCGGUGGGUGAUGAGUCACUGAGUCAAAGACUCGGUGACCGUGUUAGGAGUGGAGAUGGCAAGUGGGUGGGCGAGUCACCGCAGAGUCGUCCCGGGUCGGAAUUGGAGACGAGUCAUGGCAAGUGA